ACAAGAACUGCCUCAGCUUCUAAUCGUGGGUCCCAACAGGGUCAAACACCUGUUCGUCCAACAGCUUACCCGGCCGGUGCACCUUUCCGAGAGGACUACGAUAAUAUGGAACUUAUGCAGUGUGACUUGUCUCGUGAAGAAAGACGUGGACGAUUACAUGGAGGUCUGUGCAUGUACUGUGGUGGUGCUGGUCACGUCUUACAUGACUGCCGGGCCCGCCCGCACAGACCUCAGGCACCUACCUUGGGUAAUGUGCCUUGAUUGAUUCCGGCGCGGAAGGAAACUUUAUACACACGAAGGUGGUUAAUCAGCUGGACAUCAGUGUUCAACCCCUGAAGACUACAUUGAAGGUUUCUGCUCUGGAUGGAGGCCCUGUUGGAGCAGGAACUAUUUCUUUGAUAACAGAACCGGUUAAGUAUUUCUCAUGGCCGUCAAGUUCUUUCUAGACUACUAGAGAACCAGCUGUACAUCAAAGGAGAGAAAUUGUUUUCUAGGGUAUCAACCUCCUGUAAUGCCUUGAUGUGGAACUACAUCGGAUGUACCCGCUGUGGAUGACUGGAUGAGGCGUAGUGAGGAGGUAUGGGAGCAGACGCAUCAACGCAUAGAAACCGUAUUGCAACGGCAAAAGAAUCAAGCAGAUCGCCAUCCAGGAAAUACUCCCACCUAUCAACCAGGAGACCGGGUGUGGCUGUCAACACGAGACUUCAGGAUCUCAGAGGGGAGUAAAAAAUUAUCACCCAAAUACAUUGGUCCAUAUAAAAUUUUAAAACGUAUUAAUGAUGUCACAUAUAAAUUGGAUUUACCUGGGCAUUCUCGUAUGUCAAAUUCUUUUCAUGUAUCUCUCCUGAAACCGGUUGUCACAGGUCCACUGAACGAGACCAUGUCUGGUGAGACUCCUCCACCUCCGGUGAUUGUUGAUGGGACACCUGUUUAUGCUGUCCAUCGGUUGCUGGAUUCGAGACGACGUGGGGCCAGUCUGCAAUACCUGGGUAACGCGAGUGACGUCUUAUAACCAAAUGACGUCACGAUGCGGACCGGUUGGUAUUGUGACGUCACUGGAGAGAGAGUAUAAAUACAGGCGCUUCACUUCAGCAGGUCAGAGCUCGGUGUGAGAUUCUACUCAGCGCUUCUACUGCAGCUAAUACAGGUGACGGGACCAACAGGACCGGGUACGAGCGCACUGGAAAUCAUGGAGCCUGACUGGGGAGAGCACCUGAACUACUGGGCUCAAAAGCAGCUGAGAAAAGAGAGAGAUGUGAUGGACAUGAUUGUUAUUGAGAUUGAGGAACUGGAAAGCCAGAUGCAGGAGACUGGUGAAGAUAGAGGACAGGGUCAGCGCACACUGGACAUCAUCGAGACUGACAGGGGAGACGACAUGAAAAACAUGACAAAAGAAAUUGAGGACAUGGAAAACAGAAUACAAGAGUUUAAUAAAGACAUAGGACAGGGUCAGUGCACACUGGACAUCAUCGAUGAGACCAAGAUUGAUAGGGUAGAGCACUCGGACUACUGGGUUCAAAGGCAGCUGCAAAAAGAGAGCAAUAUGAUGGGUCAGUGGAAACCUGAAGUCAUCAAUGAGAAUAAGAUUAACUGGGUAGAGAACACGACUUGUGAGCUUCCAGAGAGAGAUAUGAUGGAAAUAAUGAGAGAAGAAAUCGAGGAUAUGGAAAACACAAUGCAGGUGUAUAAUAAGGACAUAGGGCAGGGUCAGUGCACACUGGACAUCAUAGAUGAGACCAAAAUAAACUGGGGAGAGCACAUGACUUGUGGGCCUCCGAAGCAGCAGAACAAGAACAGAAUGAUAAAAAUGAUGAGGAAAGAGAAUAAGGAUUUGGCAAGAAAGAUCCAAGAGCUUGAAACUGAAAAAGAGGAAUUAGAAGAGCUGAUGGGCAUUGAGAGGAAGAGGGACAAGGCUGUGAGAAAAACCCUGAGAAAGGGAAUGGACCCAGCUAUUAAAGAAGCUGAACAAGAGGAACAGAAAAAGCAGCGUGAUCAGUUCCUGCUAAUCAAGUCAUUAAGGCUAAAGAUUGAGAAGCUCAUGGCUCGCCUCAGUCCAGACCCAAAACCAGAGUCCCAGAUGAAAAUCACAAAGAAGCUGGGACCAGCCUGGACUCGGAUGGUGGGCGACAAAAUAAAGGCAGAGAAGAAAAACCAAGAGCUGCUUAAACAGGUCAAUGAUCUCCAAGCUGCAGCACAACUGCGUAAAGAAAAGCAAGGCCAGACAGAAACGGAGCUACAAAGCAGGUUAGAAUCGGGGCGACUGGAGAACAAGUCGAAGAGGAGAGCAGAGGAGCGGGCGACAGAGCCGACACCCAAAAAGAAGGAGACUGAGGGAGGAAAUAGGAAGAAGUCGUGGUUCCUCAACCUAAUCAGUAAAAAAGAGAAGAAAUGGUCAGAGGAGAAAAAGAACCUGGAGCUAAACAGGGAAAUGGAGAGAUCCUAUCUAGAGCUGCAGCUUCAAACUAAUGAAGAGCUGCAUGUCUCCAUGAUGGUGAACCAGGCUGCUCUGAAGCAGAAGAUGCUCCAGGAGCUGAAACAAAAACAGCUAAGGAACAUGAGUGAGACAGAAAUGAAAGAAAGAAAGAAGCAGGAGGAGAAAGAGUGGAAGGAAAUAGAGAAGGAGUGUAAGAAAGCAGAGAAAAAGAAGGAGGCUCAGAAUGAGAGGAAAACUAAAAAGUGGUGGAAGAUAAGAUGGUUCACCAAGAAGCUUUAAAUCAAAAGAAAUGUUGCUCCACAUAUUGGGAGACGUGGAGCUAAAAAUUGGCAACAAUUCUGCACAAAAGUGGUGAAGUGGUCACAACACUGUGCAAAAGUGCUCGGGGAAACAUUCAUGUGCAACAAUUGUGUGCAAAAAAAUUCAAUAUUGGUCCCCAGAGCACAAAGUAGUGGAGUGGUCACUCUGCUAUUGGCCACAGAGCACAAAAAUAAUUAAAAUGUUGUGAGCAAAGAUAAAAUUUGGUCGCCAUAGUGGCGGGGUGGUGGAGUGGUCACAUUGACCCGGGACCUAAAUGAUUAAAAACAUAAAUUUUACCACAAUUGUGUACAGAAAAAUAAAAUAUUGGCCCCCAGAGUACAUAGUGGUGGAGUGGUCACUCUGCUCUGAAAAAACAAAAAAACUAAACUAAACAAAACAUAAAUAUAAAAUAAUAAAAUAUUGCACAGAUAAAUAUCGGUCGCCAUAGUGGCGGGGUGGUGGAGUGGUCACACUGACCCGGGACCUAAAUGAUUACAAACACAAAGUAACAACAAUCAUCAGUUUGUGACAACAGUGUGCAGAAUAAAAGACUAUAAAUAUUGUUUCAUUUUAAUUCAUUUAAAUGCUUCUCCAGGUCACCUGAGGAGGAUGGAGGUUCCUGUCGAGUCUGGUUCCUCUCAAAGUUCCUUCCUGUAAUUUUAGGAGAGUUUUUCUCUGCCACUGUCGCCCUCGGCAGAUCAACAGGGGUGGUGGAGAUAUCCCACUGACCUGAAAUAAAUAAAUACUUCAUUUAGUUGGAGGUAAUCGAGUGUAUAAACAGUACUGGUCCCCAUAGUGGGGGGCGGGGGUUUGGUCACAUUGAUAAAACUGUAACCACACUGUAGACUGUAGACACAGUAGGACCAGUUUGGUGUAGAAAGUCCAGUGACCUGCAGUGACCCUGAUCCCUUCAUUAAAACCUGGUUAUGAUUGAGGCAUUAAAGAAAAUGUUUUAAUAAAAUGUUAAAAAUG